CGGGCUCCGGGAUCGCUCGGCCAGGAAACCUGGCGGGCGGGCCCGGGGCGGGGAGCGGAGGUGACGGGCCCGGAGCUGCGUAGCGCUACCUCCGAUCGAAGGCUUUCGGUCAGCCGAAGGUAGGCAGCGGGCUAGCAGUGAGCAAGCAGUCCCAGAGGAUCGGGCCCAGCCCGGCGGGCUCCCCGGCAUGUACGCCCCGGGAGGCGCAGGACUGCCCGGUGGGCGCCGGCGGAGAGGCCCAGGGGGCAGCGCCCUGCCCAAGCAGCCGGAGCGUAGCCUGGCCUCGGCGCUGCCGGGGGCCCUCUCCAUCACUGCCCUGUGCACCGCGCUGGCCGAACCGGCCUGGCUGCACAUCCAUGGGGGCACCUGCUCUCGCCAGGAGCUGGGAGUGGCCGACGUGCUGGGCUAUGUAGACCCUGACCUGCUGAAAGAUUUCUGCAUGAAUCCCCAAACGGUGCUACUACUCCGUGUCAUUGCUGCCUUUUGCUUCUUGGGGAUCCUGUGCAGCCUCUCUGCCUUUCUUCUUGAUGUCUUUGGACCCAAGCACCCUGCUCUGAAAAUCACUCGCCGCUAUGCCUUUGCCCACAUCCUCACAGUCCUUCAGUGUGCCACAGUGAUUGGCUUCUGCUAUUGGGCUUCAGAGCUCAUCCUGGCUCAGCAGCAGCAGCACAAGAAGUACCAUGGCUCCCAGGUCUAUGUUACCUUUGCUGUCAGCUUCUAUCUGGUGGCAGGAGCUGGAGGGGCCUCCAUCCUGGCCACUGCUGCCAACCUUCUGCGCCAUUAUCCCACUGAAGAAGAGGAGCAGGCGCUGGAGCUACUCUCAGAGAUGGAAGAGAAUGAGCCAUAUCCGGCCGAGUAUGAAGUCAUCAAUCAGUUCCAACCACCCCCUGCCUACACGCCAUAAUGCAGUUGGCUGGAGUUUUCUCUCCAGCACCCUAUUUCUCUGAUCCCAUAUCUUUACUCCCCCUAUAAACAGAGGAACUCCCUUCUUAUAGCACUUAGUUCUGAUGUCCUGAGAGUCUUCACCAUCUCCUCUUAAUGAGAGAUACCACAUCUAAGACUUUUCAUCAGUCUCUUCUCUUGAAAACAGAAACUCAUUCAUUUGAAAUCUUGUCCUCUUUCUCUCCCUUCCCCUUCCAAAUCCAGGUCGCCUCUACUGACUACAGCCACUACACUGGUGUGAUUGUGCCAGUUUUCUCCCCUUUUGGGUCACAUUUGCAGGACUGACAUAUUCCUCAUGUGGCUCACAGCAUUUGCCCCUGCGAUUCUCUAUGAAAAGAGAGAACGUGCUCAGUAACCCCUGAGCAAAGAUGAAUGCAUUCAAUAGAAUUGCUCUCUACAAAUAUUUUUCCCCAUCCCACAGCUGUAGCUUUGGGAUCAACUCUGUCAACCCACCCAAACCUCUUCCUUCCUUUGACCUACCCCAAUCUAUGAUGCACACUAUGAUGGAGAUCUUUGCACUUUAGGCUUUGGAUUCCCUCCUCCUUUUUGACUGCAUUUGGUGAGGAAGGUGAGACAGUAGCAGGAAAUAUAAGAGUAUCUUUUGGUACAGAGGUGCAGGAGCUGAGCAGAUGAGAGCAGAAUCAGUGAUGAGACUGAUGGGAGUCUGCCUCUUAUGAGAAUAAGAGCCAGUUGGACCAAGUCUCUCCUACCUUUUAAAAUGUGGUGAUUUUUAAGCUGGGAGUGGGGAAAUUAUCUUUUUAAGUAGGGACAAGAAAGUUGAAAUUUUUCAGAUUUUUAGCUAGGUCCCUUUGGCCUCAACAGUGUUUCAGGCCUGAUUCCCCUUGUAAGUCCACCUUCCUUUUUUCCUGUAAUCUUUCACAUCAACACCUACCCUUCCACCCUCUCUGUUUAUUGUUUCACCUAUUUUGAGGAGGUUGGGUUAUUUCUAGGUGACAUAAGAUACUCUGCCUUCCUUGCGGGUUGCCAAGGACUAAGCAGCUGCAGGGACCUGGCCAUCAUGGUGCUCCUCGUGACUCCGUGAGGUUUAACUCAGCCUCACAUCAGGAACAAUGACAUCAGAAGGCCACCAGACCCCCCCCUCCCCCACCAUCACCACGUUACACAUAGGAACUGAAACCAGUGGGAGAGCAUAAAAUUGCAGAACCACCUUAUGGAAGACCAGGCCAAUGAAGGAGCUGAUAGCUAAAAUCCUUCAGGGUCAGACAUGGCUACCAGAACUACAACUUGGGGUGGAGGCACUACAGCUUGCUGCAUGCCCACUCUUCACCCCUUCUUGAAUGUACCACUAGUUUUGCAUUGUACAACUGGUUUUCUUGCCCUGCCCCUUACUUUUGGCCACUACUGGUCACACACACAUGUCUUUGGCUCUGGCUGAAUUUAAUAUCCAGAAAGUCAAAGCAUGAAAUGGGGAAAACCCAAGUGUUUCUUCCUUACAGCCCAGCUUGUCAGGAGGAUAAUGAAAGCAGCUUUCAGAGUGGAUUACCAAGCUAUUUUCUUUAAUAUAUUGGCACCUCUGGAAUCAGUGUCUAGAUAUUGUCCUAAAAGGAAAACAUUCAGAUUGUCUGCCUGCCUGCCUCUUCCUUGCCUAAGGCUUGGGGUAGUUCAGAGCAAAGGAUUUUGGGAACGUCCAGCUCUACUGGGUGUUUGGUUGCAAAAGGAAUGCCAGCCUGUUCCAGCAUUGGGCGUCCCCUCAGCCUGGAAUGAACUGAGGGCAGGCUAAUCAGAACUUGUUUUGAUGAUGAAGAUCAUGUCCUACAUCCAGGCUUUCCAGCUGCCUAGAGUUUCUUACUCUGGUGUUCAAUUGUAAUUGCAGUGGUGACUCACACUCCAUUGGACUUUUUUUCUUAUGAAAGAAAAAGUUAAAUAUAAAUAGCCUGUGCAUAAAACAGAGGAACUGUAUUAAGUGUUGUAUUUUUGUCAAAUACUUUCAUUGUUGUUGGCACAUUUCUGGAGUGUGGCCAACUUUCUAUGACCAUUUUAGAGAAGGAAGCCUGGGAAAUCUGGUGUAGGUAGCAUCAGUAUGCCUAAGGAUCUUGGGCAUGAACCUCAUAGACUCUUCUCUGUGGUCCACUUUUUAUUAAUAUUCCAUGCAUUCUCAUUCUUCUUACUCUGAUACCUAAUACUGAUGGUUUGCCAUGUAAAUUCCCCCUGUGUUUUUUUUUCUAAAGAAAAAUAAAAAAAAUCAAACAGGAAUGUUAAAAGGAA